UCUAAAUCACCAAUCUUCGAAAGAAAAAAAAAACUAGAAGAAUAAUAGUUUUUUGAACACCAUUUACAGUGUGGUUUUGGAUCUUGUUAAACAGUGAGAUACCUCAUUAGAAGAACAAGCUCAAAUAUAACAUCAGUAUUCCAUACCAAUGAAAGAUUUUAAGUUGUAGUGAAUAAAAUCAGGUGUAAGAAAAAGGCAAAUACAAUGAUAACUUUGCAAUAGAUUGUAUAUAUGGUUUCCUUAAGAGGUAAAUAGUAAAAGAUUAUUUGAGAAAAAGUAAAGUUGAGUGUUGGCAUUCAUCAAUAUAGGAAUAUCAACAACAUUGCAGUAAUUAUUAACAGUAGUGAGUUUUUUAUGAGUUGAAAUUUACUAAUCACUGCAACUCCUAAACUAUAGCAGAAGAGAGAUCACAUUUAAGGUUGGCUGUUAUUUCUAAGCAAUCAAAGAAGCAAAUAAAAGUGUCUGAAGAUGAAUCAAACUCAGAAAAGACAACAAAAAGAAGAUUUUGGAUUUGAGUAUGAAAGGUUGUGUGCACAAUUUAGUUGUUGUCCAAGUUCUUGUGUUACUGCAAAUCUAAAAGACUAUAAACUAGACUUUAAUGGUGACAGGAUUGGUUUGAAAGAGUGGGAGCCAUUGUUAUGUUCCAUCAAAGUCAACAAAUCUUUAAAAACUAUUUCUAUUAAAAGUGUCAAACAACCUACAGAAGGAAAUAAACUGGUAAAAAAAAAAGUUGCAGCAAUUCGUUCAAAAGAAAUAACAAUCAAGUUAGCCAGAGCUUUGAAAGAUUGCUUAGAAAAUAGUCAAUGUUUAGAAUGUUUGGUCCUGCAAAACAUCCCAUUUCGAGAGCAAGAUGUUUAUAUUUUAGCAAAGGGUCUUGAGAAUUCAAAAUCACUCAAGCAUUUAUCUUUUGAAAAAUCUAAAAUUGGUGACACUUUAUUUAAAGUUAUUUGUAAAAGUAUCAAGAGUUCACAAACCUUGGUUUCAAUUAAUGUUAGUGGAUGUGGUUUAACCUGGAAAAGUGCUGAAGAUUUAGCUUCAAUAAUUAAGGCGCAAGAUUAUUUGCUGAUGCUCUUAAAGAUGACUUGUGGCUGAAAGCUCUUGAUUUGCAACAAUGCGGAAUAUCCUCUGAGGGUGCAUUAAUUAUUCAGCAAGCAAUUACUUUUAAUAAAACAUUGCUGGUGUUAGAUUUACGAAGGAAUCCACAAAUAGAUUAUGGUUUGCUGCGCUCAAUAAUUGAACAAGUAAUGAUAAAUGCAAGAGGGGAACAUAUAGAUUACCAAUGGUUAAGUGGCAGAAGCUGUACAGAAACAAGACAGCCAAAGAAAUCAUCUAAUUAUAGCUGUCAAACUAAAUCAUUUCAAAAUAAAAUUACAAAAAAAUUACUAAGAGAUACUAAAAGAACCAAUUAUCAAUCAUGUUAUGCUGAUACAAAUACAUCUGUCCGUGUUAAUAAAAUCAAUGUUAAAAAUAGCAUAUCAUCCACACUUGAAUCAAUUUCUGAUGGAGAUAAUGAGAAAUUGAUGAGAGAAAAAGUAAAACAGGAGUUUUAUAAAGAAAAAUGUAGAAAAGAAAAAUAUUUGAGACUUAUUGCAGUCGCUAAAUCUAAACAAUUAGAAGAGGAAAAAAAAUGUUUGGAAAAUGAAAUUGUUCAACUCAAGAUGCAACUUGCAGAUGCUAAAGCUGUCAAAACAUCUAAUACUUUUGAUUUACCUGUUAAGUCUUUGGAUGAUGAAAAUGUUCUAGAAAGUAUUGAAGCUUCAUUCGAGCGAUUUCAACAGUUCUUAGACAUGUUAAAAGAGCUUGGGCUAGGAGAUUUGUAUUCACAGCUACAGAAACCUGAAGUUAUAAAAUAACAUUCUUAUUUUAAAUCAAAAUAUGAGGAAAA